CAGAAAUUUAAAAAAAAGAAAGAAAUAUAUACACACCUAUGGCGAGUGGACAUCAAUUUUCCCACUUCUCGGGACAAAAUACUUGUUGCCUGCCAAUCAGCAGCCAUGCUGAUCAUAGUGUCGUCUCGCAAAAAAGUACUUCCUUUUGGUGCAUUGUAACCUAUUUUGAACAGAGUCUGAAAAUUGGUGACGCCUGGAGGGCGUCAGGUCCAUCAAUAACAAUCGACGGAUUUACAGAUACCAGUGAUUCAAAGAGGUUUUGCCUUGGGCACUUGAAUAAUCCUCAUAGAUCGCUGUCAGCGGAAAAUGCAAGACGUUUUAUAGGAAAAGGUGUUAAACUCACGUAUAAUGGACAGGAUGUGAACGCAGAAAACCUCAGUGAUAGUCCUGUAUUUGUGCAGAGUACUCUGAUGAAUCUACAAUGCAACCGGAACCCUAGCGAGGUCAUCAAAAUUCCACCUCAAGGUACACUCAGGAUCUUCGGGAAUCGGGAGUUUGGUGCUUUGCUUGUCCAGGCCUCGGACAAGGAUUAUGAAUCAAUUUACCGAAUGACAAGAAUGUGUAGCAUACACAUGAGUUUUGUCGAGGGUUGGGGAGUUGAUCUCAGUAAACCUUCUGUUACCAGUACACCUUGCUGGAUUGAGAUUAAACUUGAAGCACCAUUAAAGUGGCUAGACAUACUCCUGGCCGAGAAAGGACAGCCACCAUCAAGAUGUUCUAGCAGGUAACUCUGACAGAAAAACACGAACUGCAACCAUUUGGACAACAGCUACAAUCAUAUCGACUUAAAUUGAAGCCACUUGAAGCAGAGCCAAGAUGUUUUUAACGAAAAGGACUACAACUAUUUGAACUAUAAUAACAACAAUCGUAUCUACAUACCUAAUAACACUUGAAUCGACACAAAGAUGUUAUUCACGACUUCAAGUAAAUGACUUGAUAUCCCAUGUCCAUUAUCUCUUAUAUAUGUUGCAGUUUAUGACAAAUGUUUACAGCAUGUUAUUUAUUUUAAACAAUCAAUCGAAUACGACAUGUAUUUUAGGUAGGAACUUUCAGAAUCUUUUCCAAGUUAAUUAGAGCAUGGUAAUUCUUAACGUACCAGAGAUCUAGUCCAAAGAACUGAGAACGCUAACGCCCAUUUCCCGCCUACAUUUUACAUCCAAAUAUUUCGGAAUUUCUGUCAGAUAUUCAAAAACUAAGUUUUCUACUAAAAGUGUAAUCAAAUCCUAACCAAUUUAUCAAUUUUUUUUUAAGCAAAAGUUUUAAAAGAAAUUCAUUGAAAUCUGUCGCUAUAAGUGAGGAAAAUAUUUUUUAGCGGCCAAUAUGCGCAUAAAAACUUAAUAAUGACAUAAUUACACUAUAUAUAUUAAAGUAAAAUUUAAUUUUAAUUCAUAUCUGUUAAUUAUUUUUCGAAAAUUUACAAAGCAAAAUUCUUUUUUUGGAAUGCAUUUCGGUCUGUAGACAUAUUUUCCCCCGUGAAACAACAAACCCUUUGGUAAAAAUAUGCUAAAUAACAAUAAUUAAUCCCCUCAAUAGGAAUUUUUGUUUCACAACAAGAGAUGUUUUAAAAAAACAUUUCCGUUUUCCGAGCUAUUUUAACCCAAAAUACAAAGUUAUCUCUCUUUGUUUGACCAAAUCAUUUAUAUUUAAUGAAAAUAUACAUAUAUGUUUACAUUAUAAUAAAAAAAUAACUUUGAUUAGACAACUUUCAAAAAAUGACUUUAAGUUAGACGGCUAGACAAUGCUAUCGUAGAUGAGUAAAAAUGUAUUGUAAAAAAUUACCCUAGCGGUUCCCUAUUGAAAUUUACAAAAAUUUUCAAGACCAUUUUUGUUCUUCUGUUUCCUCAGAAAGUACAGCAGUAAAUAGAAUGUGAAAAAACUUAUUUUCGACAAUUCAGAUGAUAAAAAUGAAUGCAAUCUACAAUCAACAAUCAACAGAUAUAUACAAAAGGAUAGCGAUACAUCUGACCAGAUUCAGAAAACUUACUAAUUAUUAUACUUUCAUGAUGUCAAAUUUCAACUACUGUCCAUUAUUUUGGCAUUUCUGUGGUGAGAGAGAAACGAGAACAAUGGAAAAAUACGGAAAUUGGAAUUGCGAUUAGUCAACGACGACUAUUACAUUAAUUCAGAUAGUUUUCUUGUUCAGAAAUUAAAACUACCAUGUGUUUAACUCCGGCGUAUCAUAACAAUGGCAAUAAAAUAUGAUAAGAUUUUAAUCCAAGAAAGUCCUCUUAUCUUUUGAGUUUUUAAUCAAGUUAAAGAAAUGCCAUAUUCUUUUAUGUAUACAAAUACAACUGUUUCACCGAAAGUAAGAUCAACAACAUGUGGACUUAAAUCUCGUAGAUCUAAAUCUGCAAAAAUCUGGAAUUCUUUACCAGAGUCAUUUUGAAAUAUUACUUCUUUUAAUCUAUUUAAAUCAAACAUAGGUAGUUGGUAUGGAAACUGUUGCACUAAUCGCUAAUUUUCCUAAACAGAUUUAAAUUCAGUUGGUCAGAUUUAUUGUCGUUAUCAUUGUUUUAAAGUAUCCUUGAAGUAUGUUUGUAGUUAUGAUUUAGUAUUGUGAUAUUAGCAUUGUAUAUUUUAUGUUGUUAUUAUAUUUAAUGGUAUCAUGCAGUCGGAAAAGAGGUACUCAGAGCUAAUGUUUAUUGUUGUUUUAUCCGACUGUAAAUAAAUAUUGUUUUGUUCUUAUCUAUCGUUAAAAGUACAUAAACAUAUAGGUUACUUUAAUCAAUUACUUUAGGUCACGUUGAACGUUUAUAAGGUCUUAUAUGUGUCUCACAUGUUUAACGUAAGUGAUACAUGCGUGACACAUUUUGUCAUAACAAUUGAACUUUGAUAAAUAAUUUUUUGGUUUUUUUUAAAUAAUAGAGAAUCAUCAAACCUUUUACCAGUUAGUAGAAUAUCCCUUUUCAAAGGUUGAUUGAUAUUGUUUAAAGAGGAAUAGAACAAUUUUGGUCAAACUAUUUUUUCUAUUAUAAUAGAUACUUUACAUCUUUGCUAGCCAAGGGUUUUCGGUCCACUUUGCUCCCCAUAAACCCUUGGCGGAUUUCAUUACGAAAACUCGGUGAUGUGGUGACGCUAUCUAGCGAGCAACUUGAGUUGCGCCCCUUGCAUAUUUACAUUUUUAAUCAAAUAAUUCAACAACAGGUUAUAUACACACUACGGCAUUAAUACAACUUGAAAACAUGUUGACUACCGAUUAUCGGAACAUAAUUAACGAUGCUUUUAAAUACGAAUUAAGUUAUAACCUAGGGAAAGCACGGAAUGUUUUAUUCAUAGUGUUUUGUAUGGACCUGUACCGGGAGUGAAAAAGUCCCCGAUUUAUAUGAAAGCUUUCAUGCCAAAAAAUCAGGUAUCGUUGUCGUGAAUAUUGCGGACCAAAGAAUUUAAAUAAAACAGCUCACUGAACCUUUAAAAGCAAUUACCAUAAGCAGGAACGUAUAUACUAAAGGGAUAGGCAACUUCUACAUUCGCCAUGUUUACUUCCCAUGCUAUCACGCGAGCCUUGACAAGUUUGUAGAACUAUGGUCAAUCCCAGUAAAAUAUAUAGGUUUUUAAAGCGAUCUGGUUAGACCAUCGUUGGGGAGGCACUGUACUCGAGAACUUGUGUCUCAACUUGUUAAAAGCACCGAAUGUUUUACCAAAGAUCACACAUGUGUUUUCUUUUAAAGUUUAUAUUUACAAGCACUGAGAUUGGAUCAGCUACUCGCAACUGCAUCCAAUCAUAAAACGGAGCUUGUCACCGAGCUUUCGUAAUGAAAUCCGCCAAGGGUUUAUGGGGAGCAAAGUGGACCGAAAACCCUUAGCUAGCGAAGAUGAUACUUUAGGGCUCACAAUUCUUUGUCAUGUAAA